AAUGCCUCCAGAUGGGAAAUCUGACAUGGAGCGGAUUGGCGUCUUUAAAGAGAUGGGCUACAUCUCAAUAGGGGACAAAUACACGUCUUUUAUUUACCGCCCUUUUAAUGACUCUGCGUACAAGAACAAACAGAUGCUAUUAGGAGGAACUAAAUCAAAGUGCGGACUCCAAACAGGAUACUUCGACACACAGUUUAAAAGGAUCUUUGAGAGAGAGGCGUUCACGGAUCCUGUCAGAAUAGACAGACAAUACAGGUUACUGCAGGCCAAAAAGAACAUCGGGAAAGCUUUUCUUCCUAGUAAUGGGGAGAAAACAACAUGUGGAAUGGGCACCUAUUAUGGGACAUUUGGAGGUCCCAUUCAAGCAAUGAGUGCCUUACAGAUCCCAAGGAAACAAAACAAAUCAUCCGGUAAAAACUUCUACACUAAUCCCUCCAAGAAAGGAAGUGGUUAUGGUUAUCCUGACAUUACCCUCUCCAAGAUGGUGUCCUAUUCCUCAGACCCCUAUGAUCGAGCCAAGGAAAUGCUAAAGCGUGAGAUCACAGCGCACAAAUCCAUGCUGAAAGGUGGAGCAUUUCGUUUGAACCUUCAUCCAAAUGAAUACUUUGAUGGCAAUCCUUACAAAUUUGACAAACCUCUACCACCUCCAAAGAAGAUUGAGGAGAAAAAGCACUUUGCCGUGCCCUUUAAGCCGAGUUCACCCAGUAAAAAGGCUGGAGGCAUGAAAGCAGGAGCAUUUGACUCGUACCCCACGUACUCUGCAGAACCCUACAGCACCAAAAAAAUUAAAUCAGCAGUGGUGAAUAAUGAAGUAAAGAUAUUUCACCCCUCUCCUGGUCCAAAGAGCACACCUAUAAAGAGUAUCAUCAGCCUUAAUGUUAACAAGGCUGUGAACUCCACAAACUACAAUCGAAUCCCGUCUGUGAUGUCCUUUUGAGAUCCUGUCAUGUCUUCAGGUGAAUGAACGUGUUAUAUAUUGCUUUUUAGAUUACAAAAA